AUGAAUUCGGUGCUAUCUCGUCCCUCAUUUUCUGAGGGACUUGGCAACAGAUCCCCCGCCAUACAGGUUCCUGAUCAUCAUCUCCGCCCGCCCCCAUCGCGCAAUGGCCAAGUGAAUUUGGAUACCUUCUCCCCAGUCAAUGAGAACGGUAGCUUUGAAUUCGACCGUGUACUGAAGAGUGGUCGGGUCUCUCGACGCGUCGCGCAUAAACAUGUUUUCCGAGCUUCAUGGAAACCAGCCUACCUUGUCCUCCGCCCGAAUCUACUCUCCGUUUACAAGGAUGAAGAAACUACCCGGCUCCGCGUUUCUAUCAACCUCUCCGACGUGACCGCUGUCGCUCCCGUGAAAUCCCCACGGUCUCACCGUCAGCAUGUCUUCGGAGUCUUCACCCCUUCCAAGAAUUACCGCUUCGAGGCCCUCUCCAAACAAGAUGCAGCCGACUGGAUCCUUCGAAUUCGUACCGAGUCCCCCGCAGAUGAAGACGAAGCUGCCGUAGCUGCUCUAUCGAGAAACGAGAAACACAGUACCCCAGCUAUUCAUAAACACCUCAUCGAUGACACCACCGAUCACUCUGACUUCGAGCUUGCCGGUCGUCCUAGCUCCCCCGAAGGUCGUACCCUCUCCCCAGGCCCUCGCUCCUCCCGCAAACCCCCUUACACGCAGGACUACUCUGGAAACGAUGUGACAUCUUACUCCGAGCUCUCGGACGGACCUCCGCCAACUCGAAGCAGUCGCGGACUACGUUCAAUGCCAUCAAUUCAUGCUCUGUCCAUCUCUGCGCCGGAAGAGAGACCCAUGUCCCCAUCCCUGCCGCGAGAUACGAGCAAUCAGUCUGAAUUGGGCAUCCAACGAGAUCCGGAGCGGGUCAUCUGCCAGGGGUAUCUGCAGGGGCUACGGAUCAAGGGCGCGGUGCGACAGUGGAAACGACUUUGGGUAGUGCUUCGUUCGAAGAAUCUCGCCUUUUACAAGGAUGAACAGGAGUACUCGCCGAUCAAGAUCAUUUCCAUGUCGCAGGUGAUCGAUGCAGCGGAAGUCGAUCCCAUGUCUCGAUCCAAGACGUUCUGUCUUCAAAUCAUCGCAGAGGAAAAGAGCUAUCGUCUCUGUGCACCUGAUGAAGAGUCUUUGGAUCGUUGGCUGGGUGCUUUGAAGAGCAUUAUUGUUGCGCGCAAGAAACUCGAGACAACUGCUUCUACGGCUUGA